AAGAACAGGCAUUCUUUUCUGUUGCUGUUGCUUUUCUAACAGAACUAGAGCACACACAUUUUUAUUGUCUUUGUUUUUCAUCUUUGAAGAAAAAAUUUUACAGUGUAAAUCUCAAGACAUCUAAUGCAGCUAUAGCUUUGGAUGACAGCAAUCGAACUCAGGGCUGUACACAUCACACAGUUGAGGCUUUGACUCCGAGGCUUGACUGGCCCCGAAGGCUGUGACCGCGACAGAAGCCAGGGCCACACACGCUUGAGGAACCCCAGAUAACUAAGAAACUCAAGCUUCCCUUGUGACAGUUACCAAAGGGACGGUUCUCCGGUGGGGGCAGGGCGAAGGAACUGAGCGAAGCGUCCUGAGUCACCAUGGAAACGGGUCCCAGAAACAGUCCUAGCUCCGGGAAGGAAUCCCAGGAAAUCUGCUCCCCUGGAUUACUGGUGUUCACCGGCUGCUCUGAGCAGGAUGCCAGCUUGGCUAAGCAGUUUUGGCUCGGGGCGUCCAUGUAUCCCCCCACUGAAUCUCAGCUGGUGUUGACCAGGGACAGCAGCCAGCGGCUACCAGUGGCGAAGAAUUCUAAAGUCCAAGUGAGCGAGAAAACUCCAGUCCGACCCUUCCCCUUUGAUCAUAACAAGGAGGCAAAUGUCUUCGCUAAAGCCCAAAAGAUUCAGGAAGCUGAAGAGAAAGCAAAGUAUCUCCAAAAGGAGAUUAAGCCCAGGGUCCCAUGCUCGCGACAGAACCUCAGCUGUGCUGACAGCGGGGCGGGGAUAAAGUCAGUUCCUUCCUCAUAGACUCAUCUGGGAACUUUGCUCGACUCAUGGUCUUUUGCAAGAAUACGUCAAAAUGCAUAAGCACAUCUCCUGUCUUGUCAAUUUUGCUUUUGUCUCAUGGGCCUGAAUAUGAGGGGAGAGAAUGUAACUCCAUUAAAUAUUAAAACAAAUCUAGUUUGGGAUACUACUGCUUCUCUGAAUCUUACAAUAAAUACCCUCCCUGCUUUGUUGAUAUCACCAUCAAUAAUAUGUAGCUUGAUGUAGAAAAUGAAUGGAAGAAGACAUGGGUUUUUUUUCCUAUGUUACCUAUUUAAUUUUUUCCAUAUUGUAAACAUACACAUAAGUAUAUCCCAGGUGUGUUUCAUAUUAAAGAGGUGAAAAACAUUCCUUAUCAAUUCUUUUGAAGCUAUAUUCAACCAUUUUCUUAGAUGGAACCCUGGAAAUUUCUUUUCCAUUUUUCCUAAAGUAGUUUUGCCGCCUUCUUUCCCAACAGAUAUUGAUUUUUCAGUGACCCAGGUUUUAAACUCUAAUGCUACUCUCCAUUUUGGAAUAUUUUCCAGGGAUACAUUAUAAAUGCUUUCUGUUAGUAGGCAAAACGCUAUUAAUCACAACUACUAUUUCGGUGAUGGAUAUCAAUGGCAGGAACUCAAAACCACUUGGGCAUGUCAAGAUUGAAUGGCUUACUGUGUCCAUAAAGGAAACCUUAUAGCACUGUAUUGGACCAUUAUUUUUCCUUUGAGAGUUCUAAGUAGUCUGAAAACAUUUUAAUAAAUGAAUAGUCAGCUAAUUCUCUAAAAUCAUAAAACUAAUUUGCUUUCUAGUUUUGCCACCUUAAGAAAGCUCUUUAGCUGAUUAUCUCUUUAUGAAAAGAAUUAUAAAUAAUGUAUUUGCUACGAGAGUGAAGAAGAGAUCAGAACAAUAUUUUAGGUACAUACAUAGAAGGUGCAUUGGUAAUGUGAAUCUAGAAGCAAUUCUAACACAAGAGAAUGUAAACUAAAUGUUUUUAAGAGGAAAAUGUGCCAUCUGUAGGACAACAUCCCAGACAGGUUCUUCCCUUGGAAUAGGCUUUCCGUCAUUCUGCCACACAUCCUAUACAACGAAUGCUGACCAUAGAAGAGUUCCUCCCCAGAAGUUUGUUACAUGGUUCCUGCUUAAAGCAAAAGCAAGUCAGGUCAUGAUGUCAUUCUUAGAACCUUAGAAUCCUCACAAAAGUGUUUCUAGACCCUGUGGUAUGAAAGGGGAAGCUUUUCAGCAUUGCUAUCUAUUAUCCUAUACUUCCAGAGUAGUAACGGGACACUUAGAAUCAGUAUGUCAGCUUCAAAGAGCCAAAGAAAGAUAACAGUAUCCUUAGAGCUGCUGUGGAGACAUCCCGAUAGAAGAGCAUCCUCUGCUGUGUCAGAGUGAUAAGAAUGGGCUUCCUAGACAAGUCUAAAUGGUCCUGUCAGGAGUGUUACUUGGCCUAAUGUAAAAUAAUAUUUAUGAAAUUCUUUUUCUACCAUUAAAAGAAGACAAUAGGAUUGCCGGAUUCCUUCUCAACAACAAAAUAUAUCUAGCUAAAUUUGAUAGUCCGAUUUCACCCCAUCAUAUAACUGGAACAAUCAUAAAAGCAGAUUGCAUUGUGUGCCCACCAUUUUGCAAGCAAAUUAUGAAAGACUAGUACAUGAGUUUUGGGGUCGAUAUCUGAAUGCCUUUGCCCCCACCUAGCUGGGCAGUGAUGGCGCACACCUUUAAUCCAACCACUUGGAAGGCAAAGGCAGGUGGAUCUCUGAGUUCAAGGCCAGACUGAUCUAUGGAGCAAGUUCCAGAACAGCCAGGACUACACAGAGAAACCCUGUCUUGAAAAAACAAAACAAAACAAAAAUACUGCUUUAGAAUUAUCUAGUGUUUCCCUUCAAAUGCAUCUCUUUCCCUUUUUUCAAAGAUCAGUACAUUUUGCCUUCUCCCAUGUGCUUCACCAGAACAACAUAAAAACAUUUUAAACCAUUAGGUAAGGACUCACAUUAACCAUCUACUUACAACAUAUAAAUAAAGCUACUGAAUGUAAAAUGAUGCAAAAGGGGUGCUUUUAAUGAAUGAAUCAUUUGUAGACAUGCACUCACAAAGCAAUUGAAAUUUUUGAGUUGUCAAGCACACAAAUUUGCUGAGAACACUAUGAUCCUCUACCUUCACGUUUCAUAUUGUAACAAGAAUCCUUUUAGUGUGUGUCUGUGUGCUCCUGUAUAGAAAGUUGGCUAUUUUAAAUAGCCUCCAUGUACUAAAGUGUGCCCUAAUGUCACUAAGUGUAAAAAUACAUGAUGCAACUUAUGGAGAAAAUGCAUAAAUCAAACGAGCCUCACUCAGGCUUGAGUUAGCAUGCUAUUAGUUAUGCGUUCUAUGAAGUCCACAGCAUAUUUUGAAACAGAAACACACAUAAAACAAGGCUACCUGUAGUUCCAAUGAUGAAAUUCUGUAACAAAAGGCUGUCAGGAACCUAAGAGCAAUGACUUGAUAGGCACUAUUCGUUGUUGGCAAUGACUUUCCGGAACAUCAAUCACUACUGCAGAUAAUGAUAAUCUAGUGUACUCCCGGAGCUGAUCUAAGAAUAGUCUAAAUGUACAGCUCUGCCACCUACCACACCUCCCCACAUCUACUUACCAUAAUUACCCCCAGUGCAAAGUGUACUAUGGUCAUUCAGACCACUUGUACUUGUGAACUGUAGGCUAGUUUUCUUUGCUUUAUGUCUAAAAGCCACUUAUGAGCGAGUACCUAUGAUACUUGUCUCUCUGGGUCUGGGUUACCUUACUCAAUAUGAUGUUUUCUAGAUUCAACCAUUUGCCUGCAAAUUUCAAGAUGUCAUUUUUUUUCUGCUGUAUAGUACUUCUUUGUGUAAAUGUACCACAUUUUUCUUAUCCAUUCUUCGGCCAAGGGGCAUUUAGGUUGUAUCCAGAUUCUGGCUGUGACAAACAAAGUUGCUAUGAACACAGUUAAGCACAUGUCCUUGUGGUACAAUUGAGCAUCCUUUGAGUACAUACCCAAAACUGGUAUUGCUGCAUCUUGAGGAAGAUUUGUUUCCUAAUUUUCUGAGAAAUCGUCAUACUGAUAUCCAAAGGAGCUGUACCAGUUUGCACCCCCACCAGCAAUGCAGGAGUGUUCCCUUUAGCCCACAACCUCUCCAGCAGAAGUCCUCAUCAGUGUUUUAGAUCUUGGCCAUUCUGACAGGUGUAAGAUGGAAUCUCAGAGUUGUUUUUGAUUUGCAUUUCUAUGAUGGCUAAGGAUGUUAAGCAUUUUCUUAAGUGUCUUUCAGCCAUUUUAGAUUCCGCUGUUGAAAGUUCUCUGUUUAGGUCUGUACUCCAUUUUUUAUUGGGUUAUUUGUUCUUUUGAGGACCAAUUUCUUGAGUUCUUUGUAUAUUUUGGAGAUCAGACCUCUGAUGUGGGUUGGUGAAAAUCUUUUCCCACUCUUUAGGCUUCCAUUUUGUCUUGUUAACCAUGUCCUUUGUUUUAUAGAAGCUUUUCAGUUUCAGCAGAUCCCAUUAUUACUUGUUUCUCUCAGUGUCUGUGCUACUGGGAUUAUAUUUAGGAAGUGGUCUCCUGUGCCAGUGUGUUCAAGUGUACUUCCCACUUUCUCUUCUAUAAGGUUCAGUGUGGCUGGCUUUAUGUUGGGGUCUUUGAUCCAUUUGGAUUUGAGUUUUGUGCAUGGUGAUAGAUAUGGAUCUAUUUUCAUUCUUCUACAUGUUGAUAUCCAGUUAUGCCAGCACCAUUUGUUGAAUAUGCUUUCUUUUUCCAUUUUAUAUUUUUUGCUUCUUUGUCAACAAUCAGGUGUUCAUAGGUGUGUGGAUUGAUAUCUGGGUCUUCAGUUCCAUUGCUCCUCCUGUCUGUUUUUAUGCCAGUCCCAGGCUGUUUUCAGUACUGUCGCUCUGUAGUAGAGUUUGAAGUUGAAGAUUGUGAUGCCUCCAGAAAUUCCUUUAUUGGACAGGAUUGUUUUGGCUAUCCUGAGUUUGCUUUUCCAUUUGAAGUUGAGUACUGUCCUUUUAAGGUCUAUGAAGAAUUUUGCUGGAAUUUUGAUGGGCGUUGCAUUGAAUCUGUAGAUUGCUUUUAAUAAGAUAGCCAUUUUUACUAUGUUAAUUCUACCUAACCAAGAGCAUGGGAGAUCUUUCCAUUUUCUGGUGUCCUCUUCAAUUUCUUUCUUCAACGAUUUAAAAUUCUUGUCAUACAGGUCUUCCACUUGUUUGGUUAGCGUUACUCCAAGAUAUUGUGAAGGGUGAUGUUUCUCUGAUUUCUUUCUCAGCCAUUUUAUCAUCUGCAUUUUUUUGAGUUAAUCUUGUAUCCUGCUACAUUACUGAAAGUGUUUAUGAGUUGUAGAAGUUCCUUGGCAGAAUUUUUGGGAUCGCUUAUGUAAACUAUCAUAUCAUCAGCAAAUAGUGAGAGUUUGACUUCUUUUAUGAUUUGUUUCCCCUUGAUCUUCUUUUGUUGUCUUAUUGCUCUAGCUAGAACCUCAAGAACUAUAUUAAAUAGAUACGAAGAGAGUAGACAACCUCAUCUUGUUUCUGAUUUCAGUGGGAUCACUGUGAGUUUCUCUCUGUUUAGUUUGAUGUUGGCUGAUGGCUUGCUGUAUAUGGCCUUUAUUAUGUUUAGGUAUGUUCCUUUGUAUCCCUGCUCUCUCCAAGACUUUUAUCAUGAAGGAACGUUAUAUUUUGUUGAAGGCUUUUUCAGCAUCUAAUGAGAUGAUCAUGUGGUUUUUAUUAACAAAAUGUAUUUCAAUCAUAUGCUGAAAACUAUCCCUAGUAUAUGUGUAACUUAUGAAAUCUUAAAUUAUAUCAUUUAUUAUAUGCUCAUAUUUUCCUCAACAUUAAAAUAUCACAUUGCAUCCUUUAAAUGCACUUUUUAAAGUGAUAUUAAAGCAGUCUUUAAAAAACACACCAUGUUAGCCUUUCAUGCAUUGUGUAAUUGGGGUUUUUUGCGGGGGGAGGGGAAGGUUGGAUUUUUGUUUUUGUUUUUUAGUGGGAGGAGUGAGACACAGUCUUUCUCUGAAGCCCAAGAGUCCCUGGAACUCACAGUAAUCCUCCUGCCUCAGUCUCCUUAAUACUAGGAUUAUAGGCAUAAGCUACUACAUCUGACUGUAUGUGAAAGUUUUAAAAUAAGAGCUACAUUCUUUAAGCAAUUAUUAUUGACUUUCUAUUCAUAUAUGUAUAUAUAUAUAUAACACAACUAAAAAUAAAUAUGUAACAGAGCCAAGAAGUAUAUUUUCCUCCCUAGAAAAAAAUCAUACUUAAUAGAAAUCUAUGUUCUUUAUAAAGUCUACAUUUAAAAUUUGUAUUAAUUCUCUCUUAUGGAACGACUUGUAAAUUUCUUCAGUUAAUAAAUUGCUGUUUUUAAAAUGAAGCUUAUAUGUGUUAGAGCAGAGAAACUGAGCCAAGUUAGAGCUAUUUCCAAGAAGUAUGGAAUGGUCUUAGCAUUGCAUCUUUUUCUGCAAGUCAGCAUCCUUGCUCCCUCUGAUUAAUAACCCUCUGUCACGUUCUGUCCAUUCCCUUAGAUGACUGCAGUAGUCCUGUUUCUAUCCGUUCCC